UAAUGACAAUGUCCUCUAAUAAUAACCUAUAAGAUAUCAUUGAUCAAACUUGUUCCGCCCGUCCUGUGUCUGCUUCGUGUCGCGAUAAACUACGUGCGAUCACGUGACUGGGUGAUGCACUGCGAGAUCACUCAGGUGUCAAAGCCGGCUGGAAAGGUAUGGCAGUUAAAACAUCGACAGGCUGAGAGCCACACCUGCGGACUUUACUGAGACAUAUUUGUUGCGAUCAUGGCUUUGAGGACGCGCUGGUUUCAGCUGUUCCUCUUUUUGUGUUGCGUGCAGAGCUGCCUGUCAGAUAAAGAUGAGCGAGGCUUCACUGGUACAGAGACCAAAGAUGGGGUGUGGGUCCAAACCCUACCCAAACAAGUCCUGAGCAGCCACCUCACAACCGUCUUCCUCCCAAUCAUCUACAUCAUCGUGUUUGCUGUUGGCUUGCCCACCAACACCAUAGCGAUCUGGGUGUUCCUCUUCAGGACCAAGAAAAAGCACCCGUCCUCCAUCUACAUGGCCAACCUGGCAUUGUCUGACCUGCUCUUUGUUAUCUGGGUCCCCUUAAAAAUAGCGUACCACUUCAACGGCAACAACUGGAUCUACGGAGAGGGGUUGUGCAAAGUGAUGGUGGCAUUUUUCUACGGCAACAUGUACUGCUCCAUCUCCUUCAUCGCCUGUAUAAGUGUUCAGCGUUACUGGGCCGUGGUCCACCCGCUCACCCAUCAGCAGACGGACAACCGUGUAGCUAUCGGCGUCUCCGUCAUGAUCUGGGUGUUGGUCUGGCUCAUCACUAUCCCUCUCUACCUGUACGACCAAGCGGUCAAGGUGACAAACCUCAACAUCAUCACCUGCCACGACGUCACCAGGCCCAGUCAGAAGAAAAUGGCAGCAGGCUACUUCCUGACGAUGGGAACUCUGGGAUUUAUUGUUCCCACCAUCGUGUGCAUCCUAUCCUACGUCUAUAUGCUCAAGGCUCUCCGGAACAGCAUGGGGGACCCCGCCAUUGCCAAGAAGCGGCGGAAGGCUCUGGUCUUGAUCAUCACCGUGCUGGUGAUGUUUUUGGUGUGCUUCACCCCCAGUAAUAUCAUGCUGCUGGUGCACUACAUCCUCCUUUUGGGCGAGGCUAAAUACAACCUGUACGGAUUUUACAUCACCACACUGUGCUUGGCGAGUCUCAACAGCUGCUUCGACCCGUUUAUUUACUACUUCAUCUCUGAGGAAUUCAGGGACCAUGUGAAGAACACGUUCCUCUGCAGGAGUCAGAGGACAGUGGAGAGGAUGAGGGUCUCCUUCAGUGCUCUCAAGAACUCCAAUAAGAGCAACAAGUACACGUCUGAUUCAGGGAACACUCAGAGCACGGAGUGCUAGUGCAUUGUUGGUUUUUAAGCUAAUUCCUCGACAUUUAAAAUCCCCUCAGGUAUAACAUAACGUGGAUUAUUUACUGUGACUUCCUCCAUCUCUGUGGAAACUUUGGAGAGACAUCUGUGGUAAAGACCUCCCAGAAGCUUUGAGCUGUCGAAGUUACUGAUGUUUUUUAAAAUAGAAUAUUUUUAUUUUUUUAUGUCUUUUGAUAAUGCAACUUAAAUUUUAAAUGCUCUUUCUCGAUGCAGUUUUAUUUAAUUUCAAUGUGGCAUGAAGCAUUGAAUUUAUCAUAAAAAAUAUGUUUGAUCUCUUAAUCCACGCUGUAGUUUUGUUGAGAGGAAUGUCUUGUCAGCGUUGUGACCUGCCACGAGGUUUUGACACCUAAGAUUGAGCUUGUUGACGUAUGUGUAUAUAUCUUGUAUGUGAUUUUUAAAGAAAUAACUACUUUUACAUUUUUAAAGUUUGUCAAUAAAAGUAAAUGUGCAACUCUU